CAACAUUCGCCGAGCCGGAUUGAUCGGUCAAGUCUGACCCGCGCCGCGUGCUCCUUCUUCUUCUUCUUCUUCUUCCCCUCGUUUGAUGUCCGUCCGCUCCUCGUUUCGCUCGCUGAUCCGCAGCACUCCCGCCCGGCGCCCGCCGUCCCGCGACCGCGACAUCUCGCCGCACGCCGGAGCCCUAACCCGCGGCAGCCGCGAUGUCGCACCCCCACCCCCAGGGCGACACCGUCCCGCUCCACCCCUCGUCGGCGCAGUCCGACAUGGACGAGAUCGAGAGCCUCAUCCACGCCGCCCCCACCGCCGCCGCCGUUCUCCCCGCGCGGCCCUCCUCCCCUCCGCGCGCGUCGAUCCCCAUCUCCAACUCCCCUCCCGUCGCCGCCCCGACCAGCUCCAAGCCCCAGCCCGUUCCCCCGUUCUCUUCCGCAGUGUCAUCGUCCUCCGCGCCGCCCCGCUCCGCCUCCGUCACCAUUCCCAUCGCCGCCGACGGGUUCGGAGCCCCGCCCAACACGCUCACCGAGCCCGUCUGGGACACCGUCCAGCGCGACCUCUCCCGCAUCGUCAGCAACCUCAAGCUCGUCGUCUUCCCCAACCCAUUCCGCGAGGACCCUGGCAAGGCGCUACGCGAUUGGGAUCUCUGGGGCCCCUUCUUCUUCAUCGUCUUCCUCGGCCUCACCCUGUCGUGGUCGGCCUCAGUUAAGAAGUCCGAAGUAUUUGCUGUUGCUUUUGCUGUACUAGCUGCUGGUGCUAUAAUCCUCACGCUGAAUGUGCUGCUUCUGGGCGGACACAUCAUCUUCUUCCAGAGCCUCAGUCUUCUUGGAUACUGCCUGUUCCCUUUGGAUGUUGGAGCUCUAAUUUGCUUGAUGAAGGACAACGUGGUACUAAAGAUAGUUGUGGUAGCAGUAACAAUAGCAUGGAGCUCCUGGGCAGCUUAUCCACUCAUGAGCACUGCCGUCAACCCAAGGAGAAAGGCUCUGGCGCUUUAUCCUGUCUUCCUCAUGUAUGUUUCUGUUGGCUUCCUCAUAAUUGCAAUAAAUUAAGGGUGGGAUGAUUGCUAUCGUGCCGUCGUUAGUCCUAAGAUUUUCCCAGCGAACCAGCAGAAUGCAUAUAGGUUUGAUCUGACUGGUUUAUUUCCUAUCCUUUGCCAGCUAUUUUGAUUUCUUUUCUUUAGUACGUACAUAAUGAAAGGUUGUAGGGCUAUAGGAUGUAGUCUGAAAAUUAUACGUGUUUGUAAAGGAACCUUUCUUUUUGGCACCCUUCUAGAUAAUCUGCAGGCUGCUGAAUGAGCUUGGGCAUGCCAUGCCGUUAGCACA